AUGGCAAUAUGGAGCACACCGCAAACCCUAAAUAAUGCCGGUGCUGGUGCUACAGUUGACGAGUACAAUCUAUUUCCCAUUUACUGUAACGGACAAAUGCGUGUCCCGUUGAUGGCUUGCAAGCAGUAUCCAGUGCUCAGUGCCCAUGUUAUUCCCAGCAUCCAAUGUGAGCCGUGGCACGUAUCCAGGGGUGCUUGGGACCCGUUUCCCGUGCAUCCUGGUCGGCAACUUAUCCUAGAGGGCGGAGAAGGGCAUUCAUUUGGUUCCAGAGAAAUGGGUGUCGAGGCCGCAGCAGAACUCGACCGACCAGGCUCAUACUACCGUCUGACAGCGGCCCAAACAGCACAAGUCGGUGCUUCCUUUCGCAUUCUGCAUCGUCCUAGCGGAGGGAUCAAGCCAACGGAGCAACGCUUGGAUCAACUGCUCCACUGCCUCGUCGCCAGAGUACGGAGUUACUACCAAGCCUUGGCCAAGCCCAUUCUGGAAGACGCUGCAGACCCAAAGCAGCGUACAGACAGAUUCGUCUUGGCAGGGGUCGUGAUUGGCCUCUACGCGCAAGGAUGGCUGGACGAUUAUGCAUGA